AUGGCGUCUGCUAUUAUCUCGAAGAAGAGGAAGUUUGUUGCGGACGGUGUCUUCACCGCUGAGCUGAACGAGUUCUUCACUCGUGAGCUCGCUGCUGAGGGCUACUCGGGCUGCCUGGUCCGUGUGAACCACGUUCGCACUGAGAUUAUCAUCCGUGCUACCCACACCCAGGAGGUGCUCGGUGACAAGGGUCGCCGCCUGCGCGAGCUGACCGCGCUGGUGCGCCAGCGUUUCCGCUUCCCGGAGGGCUCGCUUGAGCUCUACGCCGAGAAGGUCAUGAACCGUGGUCUCCACGCCGUGGCCCAGUGUGAGUCGCUGCGCAACAAGCUCCUCGGUGGUCUGCCGGUGCGUCGUGCUGCCUACGGUGUGCUCCGCUACGUCAUGGAGUCGGGUGCCAAGGGCUGUGAGGUCAUCAUCUCGGGUAAGCUGCGUGCUGCCCGUGCCAAGAGCAUGAAGUUCAACGAUGGCUUUAUGAUCCACACUGGUCAGCCGGCCAAGGACUUUGUGGACCACGCUACCCGCCACGUUCUGAUGAAGCAGGGUGUGCUUGGUAUCAAGGUCAAGAUCAUGCACGGUUGGGACCCCGAGGGUCGCACGGGCCGUCCGUUCCCGCUCCCGGAUGCGGUUACCAUCAUCGAGCCGAAGGAGGACGAGCCGCCGGCGCACCCUGUUUCGGAGGCGCGCAACCAGCCGCAGGCUCCUGCCCAGGCCGAGGCCCAGCAGGCCGCUCCGGCUGCGCCGCAGGCUGCUGCGUUCUAA